AUGGAAAAUUGUGCUGCAGUUUUUGACAAGUUUCUCCCGGAUUGGAAGUAUAUGCAUAAUGGAGAAGCUGGGAAUACUAUUCGGAUUUGGUUGGGAUGGGAUCCGAAUAUCCUUGAUGUUGAAGAGAUCCAAAAGACCAAGCAGUUUAUUCAUGCUAAGGUGUCGGUCAAGGGAACCACUGUCUCUUUCCACUAUACUGUCGUGUAUGCUCAUAAUAAUUUGGCAGGUCAGAAGGUUGUGUGGGAGGACGUGGGGUCUGUUGCUAGGGCUAUUGCUUCUCCUUGGGCUAUCCAAGGGGAUUUUAAUGUGAUCCGUAAUCAAAUGGAGAAGAUUGGUGGGGAAGCUGUUAGGUUUGAAGCUAUGGAGGAUUUCAACUCCUUCAUUGAUGAUGCUGGGCUGAUUGACUUGAAAUGGAAAGGGGAAGCUAUGACUUGGAAUAAUAGACAGAGUGGUGAUUCUAGAAUCUGUUGCAAGCUAGAUAGGGUGAUGGUUAAUUUAGCCUGGAUGGAUGUAUUCAGAUCUUCUGAAGCUACUAUUCACCCCCCAGGUCUCUCUGACCAUUCUCCAGUUGUGGUGACUGUGUUAGAUGAAACUAACUUCGGCCCUAAACCUUUCAGGUUUUUUGAAGCUUGGAUUGGUAGGGAGGGGUAUGUUGAUGUGGUUCAGAAGGGCUGGGAGAAGCCUGUUAGCUUGUCUCUAAAUCCUAUCCUUUGGUUUGCUGCCAGGUUGAGGAAUGUUAAAGCAGAGCUGAGAAAGUGGAAUAGAGAAUGCAUUGGAGAUGUUUUUCUAGUGGUAAAGGCUGCAGAGGCUGAAUUGCACCACAUUCAAUGCCGGCUUGAUGCGCAUCCUGAUGACCAAGAUUUGGUUCUCUUGGAGACACAAGCAAAAAAGAAGUUAUGGGAUGCCUUGUCCACUAAAGAAAAAUUUUUGAAAGAGAAGUCCAGGGGGAAACAUAUUCAGCUGGGGGAUGGGAAUAAUGGUUUCUUUCACAAAUCAAUGAUUUGUAGACAUCAUAGGAAACAUAUACUAGAAAUUCAAGGGGAAGGAGGAGACAUUGUCAAGGAACCAAGCCAGAUCAAAGAAGAAGCUGUCUCUUUUUAUAAGUGUUUGGGACUGAUUCGGUUGAUAAUGGUUUUCUCCCAAGUUCGGUUCCCUUGCAGCAUGGCUUGUCUCUUGCUCAACAGGAAAGUUUGA